UGACCACUGACCAACGGAGGGCCUUUCCUUCCUCACCCCGCAUUGCAGGGCUCUGUACUGGUCUGUUGUCCUGUUAGGAGUACUGGAUACCACACUGGCCCAGCGUUGCUACUCUGGGCCGUGCAGUGCCAGUGACUGUUCCGAGGGAGUUCCACUGCCCUCAUCGUAUGACACCGACCCUGCGUACAGGGUGUGCGGGCGGGGCGGCUGCGAUCUCGGAAGCCGGAAGUGUUGCAGUUGCCGAAGAGUGCGAAUCGAGAGCGGACACCAGAAGCUGUGGAAUCUUGACCAAGCAUCUUAGGCUUUGUGUCUAAUCAUUUAGCAUGGCAUACCCUGGCUACCCCCCAUCUGGCUAUCCAGCCUAUCCUCAAUCAGACGGGCAGCCUGCAUAUCCCCAGGGUGGUGGGCAGUACCCCUACCCAGCGGCUGGUGGUGGCGCCUACCCACCAGGAGCUGGUGGUGGAGCCUACCCGCCAGGGGUUGGUGGUGGUGCAUACCCGCCAGGGGCUGGGGGCUACCCAGCGGCACCAGGAGGAGGCUACCCAGGGGCACCUGACGGGAGCUACCCAGCGGCACCUGGCGGAGGAUACCCCCAGCCACCUGGUGGGAGCUACCCAGCGGCACCUGGCGGGGGCUACCCAGCAGCACCAGGAGGAGGCUACCCAGGGGCACCUGGCGGGAGCUACCCAGCGGCACCUGGCGGAGGAUACCCCCAGGCACCAGGUUGGCCCUCUCAGGGUGCUGGGGGCACGUACCCAGCGGCAGCUUCAGGGGGAUACCCUGCACCUCCAGGUAACCAACCCGGAUGGGGAGCUGGAGGAUCCGGAUACCCCUCCUAUCCAGCAGGUCCGGGCGGCACUGCUCCUGGAGCUGCUCCUGGCUACGGAGCCCCUGGCUAUGGCGGAUGUCCUCAGCCUGCUGGCCAAACCUACUCGGGAGGCGGGGCCCCACCUGCAGGUGGGUACCCGUCUGGACCAGUGCCUGGUGCAGGAGGUGUUCCAAGUGGCCCCAACCCAGCUCCUUCACAGCCUUCAAUGCCAAACAUCGGAGGCUUGUCAAUUGGAGGUGGGACACAGGGCACCGUCAAACCAGUUGCCAACUUCAAUGCGCAGAGCGACGCUGAAAUUCUGAGGCAAGCCAUGAAGGGAGCUGGGACCAAUGAACAGGCAAUUAUCGAUGUGGUUGCCAAUCGCUCCAAUGACCAAAGACAGAAGAUUAAGUUAGCAUUCAAGACCUUGUAUGGCAAAGAUUUGAUCAAAGACCUGAAAUCAGAACUUAGUGGAAACAUGGAGGAAAUCAUUAUCGCCCUGUUCAUGCCUACCACCUACUAUGAUGCUUGGAGUCUCAGGAAGGCAAUGGAGGGAGCUGGAACACAAGAUCGGGUGCUCAUUGAAAUCCUUUGUACAAGGAACAAUCAGGAGAUCCGUGAGAUUGUACGCUGUUAUAAGGAAGAGCUAGGAAGAAAUUUGGAGAAGGAUUUGAAGAAAGACACCAGUGGCCAUUUCAAGAGAUUGCUUAUCUCGAUGUCACAGGGCAACCGUGAUGAGACCCAGACGGUGGACAUGCAGAAAGCAACGGCAGACGCUGAGAAGCUGUUCCGUGCGGGGGAAGGGAAGCUGGGCACAGACGAGUCCACCUUCAACAUGAUUCUAGCGACCCGCAGCUUCCCCCAGCUCAAGGCGACCAUUCAGGAGUACGGGAGGCUGGCUAACCGUGAGUUGAUGAAGGCCAUUGACCGGGAGUUCUCAGGAGACGUCUGUGACGGGAUGCAGGCCAUUGUGCAAUGUGUUGUCAACCGUCCUGCCUUUUUUGCCGAGAAGCUCUACAAGUCCAUGAAGGGACUGGGAACCAGUGACUCCACUCUCAUCCGAGUCAUUGUCACUCGCAGUGAGAUCGACCUUGUCCAGAUCAAGCAGGCGUUUUGGGAGAAGUACCAGAAGACCCUGCGCAUGAUGGUGGAGAGCGACACCAGUGGAGACUACAAACGCAUGCUGCUUGCCAUCAUCGGGAACUAAACUUCAAAAACAGGAGCUUCUGGGUACCUCCAUGAAUCCAGUACUUGAAGGAGAAUUGAGACAAUAUUCCUUUUCACUAUCAUACACAUUACAAAUUUAUACUUGAGUCAAAAAUCUUAACUACUUAAGGUGGCAUUUAUUUUACCCCACACACAAAACGAUGGAGGAACUGAGAAGAGGAUCAGCAGCUCCUGCCUACCCGUUCAUUCACCCAAACACUUCCCACCAAGAGCCACCCAUGUUAAUACUAGAAAAAGAUCUGCUGUUGAAAUGAGAUCCUAGGAUACCGUUAGGAACUUAUUAGAAAAUCAUUCCAAUUUCCUAUCUCGGCCCAAUGGAAGAUGAUCAGACAGCAGAUACUGAGGAAUGAUUGUGCCAUUCACUGAUCAGUUUAAUGAUUUGGUUUAAAUUGAUUGUGCUAAAGUUCACAUUUUGCUAGAGGCAUAGUCAUAGAACACGAGAGCACAGAAAUAGGCACUUUGACCCAUGCUGACCUCUGCCUAGUCCCAUUAAUCAGCACCCAGACCAUGCCCCUCCCAUUCGUGCAUAAUCCAAGCUUCUCUUAAAUGUUGAAAUUGAACCCACUUGCACUGGCAGCUCUGCCCUCUGAGUGAAGUUCCCCUUCAUUUUUGCCUUAACCAUGUCACCUUUCACCCCUAACCCAUGAACUCUAGUUGCAGUCUCACCCAGCCUCAGUGAAAAAAGCCUGCUUGUUUUUACCUAUUGUACAAAUAGUCCCAAGAGCCAUUGUUAAUCCAGUUUUCUAAACCUGCAGAGUUUCAUCCUUUCCUCAUCUUGUGCUGUUACACCACAGAUACCCAGUACAAGAAAGAUUUUCUGCUUUUGCAUUGAGUGUAGUGUUAUUUUUAAUUGAAUUGACUCGGUUCUGGUCCUGAUGAGAAGAAAUAUUGUCUGGUCUCUGUAAAGUUACAAUAUUUAAAGUUAGGAUUCUGCCCCAGGAGUUCAUUGUAUUUGUUUAAAGUUACUGCAUAAUUGUUUUGAAACCUGUGACCCUACAAUCUAAAUGUUGAAAGGUUGCAGCUGUUCCCCCUGAAAUAGUUAAUGCCUGACACAUGUGUGUGUUCCCUCCAAAGUGAGUAGUGUGAUCCUAACUGGUCUGGGAGAAAGUGAACUCCUUAGGUCAAAAGGUUCCUUUCACCCAAAUCAUCCGCUGAGAUUAUGUGUAAGAGAGAACUGCUCAUGUUUUAUCAGAUUCUCUCUGAGAAACAAUCUGGUAACAAUCCAAGGGCAUUCAAUCUACUGCUUUUGCUCCACACACUCUCUGCAACCUGAUCACCUCAAGUAGGGUGAUCUGAUGAAUUAUAUCCAAAGCCAUAUAUUCCCCUGCUAAAAUUAACGUACCGUAUAUUCAGUGCCUGCUUGUGUGCCUUGCAAAACAAAAGCAAAUUAUUUUUAUAUAUAUUUGUAGUGUAGAAAAAAAGAACUAUUAACCGUGUCUCUGCACUUUGGUUGUGAUUGCAACUGUAUUUCAGUGAAGUGAGCUCAUUUGUUGGUCCUGCUUAACAAAUUUGCCAUGAAUUAAUAUUUUUCUUUAAACUGAUUAAUAUUUAUAAAUUUCCAUAAGUCACUUGUGAAGUUUCUGGUCCUCAUUUUAGUUUUAAUUCUUCCAUUUAUUGUUUGACUUGGGAUCACCACAGCCUGAGCAGUGAUCAGUUAUUACCGAGGUAAUAAAAUUUCACACACCUGGCCCUCACACUGCUGCCGCCACCCUCCCCCCUCCCUACACCUGGACAACAGCUCUGGGCUCAGACAACUGUAAUGAAAAGUCUCCGUGAACCAAAGUGGAUAUUCUGUGCAGGGCCCUGAGCUCUGUCCCAGGUAGUAAAGAUUAUGAAAGAAACUGAGCUACAAAGUCUGCUGUAAUCAGCAAACACUACUCACUGGCUAAGAGAACAAGCUGUUCUGUUCUUGUGUGAAGUGCAUGUACAACUCUAGACUGCUCCAUAGACAGCAGACUCCCUGCUGAGCUGUCCUGUUCACCAUGAAGAAAGCUGUAACACCAACCACCACCACCCCAAGCCAAGGAAAUGACACUGGAGUUCAGGAUCAUUUCCACUGACCUCCACUGGCAAUCAUGUGUAUGCUUGGUGAGGGUAGAGCUUCACAGAGAGCUGAUUCGGUCUGUGGUAGAAGUGUCAAUGUUAGGAAGUUAAGCCCACAUUCCUGAAGCUUACAGCAGCCAAAACUGGCAGCUCAUUAAAUAUGUACAACAUAUCAUCUCAGUUCAUUGUCCAAGUUUAUUGAAUUGUUAUAAUUAUGUACUAACUUUGACAGUGACAAUUAUGCAUGUUUGUUUAGAAAAAAAAUCACAUUGGUUAAAAAAACAGUGGAAUCAUUGUAAAUGGUGCAGUAAUGAGAAGCACUUGAAGAAUUUCCAUGGUUUCCCUUAAGUUGUUCCUUGGAGUAUUUUGCCAAUAAUUACAUAAAUAAAAAAAUAUUAUUGGA